AUGUUAGAUUAAUGUUAGUAUUUUACAUUUGAUUACUCAUAUCAAUUCCUAUGUCAUAGAAUAGAGAAGCGAAUUUAUCCUGCACAUUAUAAAGUCAAGAACAGAGCGAUCAAUUCAUUCUUGGAAAAGAUUCAGAUAAAUCCCAUACCUUUUGAAAUUGUCUCUAUUGCAAACAUGACCAAUGUUAGCAAACACAUUGCUGAAAGCGAGAUAAUCUAUGAGAAUGCUAAAACCGUUGAUGAUUAGGAAAGGACUCAGGUUCCUCCAAAUGAAUUAUGGGAAAAGGCUAAGCAAUGUUGCACUCUUUUGGAAUCCUCGAAAGUAGACACUCAGGAUCUUAUUCGCGUUUCUCACCUAUAUGAUUAAAUUUUAGAUAUUUUACAACCUCCAAAACCUCGACAUGUGUAUUUCAUCUCACCUCACAACUCUGAUACCGAGACCAAACAAAAGAAAUUGGUCUACAAUCCAGAGGCACUUAGCAAUCUUAUCAAAAGACUCAGGUCUGGGAGAGUGCAAUCCCAAACCAGAUCUUUGUUUCGAUCUACACAGAGAAUGCAAACAUCAUCCAUUGGCAAAUAGAUCCAAAAAACUGAAUUGAAUGAACAAUUGAGUACUCAAGCACUCAACUUUCUAAAGUAGUUAAAGAAGAAGCAAUUGAAUAAGUGA